AUGCUGAAUGGGUUUCUUAUAUCGUUGCUGAGCGGUGCUGCUGCCGGUACUUCCACCGACCUUGUGUUCUUUCCGAUUGACACUUUGAAGACUAGGUUGCAAGCUAAAGGCGGGUUCUUCAGGAACGGUGGGUAUCGGGGAGUGUACCGGGGUCUUGGGAGUGCUGUGGUUGCCUCUGCGCCUGGUGCGUCGCUAUUCUUUAUCACAUAUGAUACUUGUAAAGCUGAGACGCGGGGCUUCUUUAGAGGGUUGCUUCCAUCUAGCAACGUUGCCGAUGUAGUGACGCAUAUGUUCUCUUCCUCGAUGGGUGAGAUAGCUGCCUGCAUGGUCAGAGUCCCCGCCGAAGUGGUCAAGCAGAGGUCGCAGACCCAUGCGUCGCACUCCUCUUGGGAGACCCUGAGGGAGAUUUUGAAGAAUGAGAACGGUGAAGGUGUGCGGAGGAACUUGUAUCGCGGUUGGUCUACCACGAUCAUGAGGGAAAUCCCCUUCACUUGUAUUCAGUUCCCCUUGUAUGAAUACAUGAAGAAGGUCUGGGCCGAAUUAGACGAGAGUGAUCGUGUAGAGCCAUGGAAAGGCGCAGUAUGUGGUUCCAUUGCCGGUGGUAUUGCCGCAGCCACUACUACACCUCUGGAUUUUUUGAAAACUAGACUAAUGCUAUGCAAGAAAAGCAUACCUCUAGGGACACUGGUCUCUACCAUAUAUAAAGAAGAAGGGUUCAAAGUGUUUUUCAGUGGUGUUGGGCCCAGAACUAUGUGGAUAAGUGCAGGAGGUGCCAUCUUCCUUGGAAUUUACGAAACCGUCCAUUCUUUGUUAUCCACAAAUAAGAAACCUACUAGAAAUGAGGCGUGA